UGCGGCCGGCCCCGGGGUGGGGAGUUGCGCGCCGGUCCCUGGGCCUGGGCUCCGGCGCCUGCGAUGUCUCAAGAUGGCGGAGCUGGGCGAGUUAAAGCACAUGGUGAUGAGUUUCCGAGUGUCUGAGCUCCAGGUGCUUCUGGGCUUUGCAGGCCGAAACAAGAGUGGGAGAAAACACGAGCUACUGACCAAGGCCCUGCAGCUUCUCAAGUCUGGCUGUGGCCCCAGUGUCCAGAUGAAGAUCAAAGAACUUUACCGCCGUCGCUUCCCCCGAAAGGCCCUUGUACCUUCUGAGCUCUCACUGCUGUCUCUGCCCCCUGGAGCCCCACCCAUCGUCCCUCCUGGCCCCUUGCCUCCUGCCCCCUCCACCCUCCUGCCUUCAGGACCCCUCUUGGGAGGACCUAAACGUGAGGCUGAUGUCCACCCUUCCCUGCCCCAGCCAGUCCACCCUGAUGUUACGAUGAGGCCACUGCCCUUCUAUGAUGUGUAUGGGGAACUCAUCCGGCCCACUACCCUUGCAUCCACGAACAGCCAGAGGUUUGAGGAGGCUCAUUUCACCUUCGCCUUGACGCCACAGCAAGUACAGCAGAUUCUCACCUCCAGGGAUGUCCUGCCUGGGGCCAAGUGUGACUAUACAGUACAGGUACAGCUCAGGUUCUGUCUCUGUGAGACCAGCUGUCCGCAGGAAGAUUAUUUUCCUCCUAACCUCUUUGUCAAGGUUAAUGGGAAACUGUGCCCCUUGCCGGGUUAUCUUCCCCCAACCAAGAACGGGGCUGAACCCAAAAGGCCCAGCCGACCUAUCAACAUCACAUCCCUAGUUCGACUUUCAGCCACUGUCCCCAAUACUAUUGUGGUCAACUGGUCAUCUGAGUUCGGACGGAAUUAUUCGCUGUCGGUGUACCUAGUGAGGCAGCUGACCUCAGUGACGCUCCUGCAGAAACUGAGAGCCAAGGGCAUCCGGAAUCCAGACCACUCUCGGGCACUGAUCAAGGAGAAAUUGACAGCUGACCCUGACAGUGAGGUGGCCACCACAAGCCUUCGGGUGUCACUCAUGUGCCCGUUAGGGAAGAUGCGUUUGGCUGUCCCAUGCCGGGCCCUCACCUGUGCCCACCUACAGAGCUUCGAUGCUGCCCUCUACCUGCAGAUGAAUGAGAAGAAGCCAACAUGGACUUGCCCUGUGUGUGACAAGAAGGCUCCCUAUGAAUCUCUGGUCAUAGAUGGAUUAUUCAUGGAGAUUCUGAAUUCGUGCACUGACUGUGAUGAGAUCCAGUUCAUGGAAGAUGGCUCCUGGUGCCCAAUGAGGCCCAAGAAGGAAACACCAGAGGUGUGCCCCACGCCAGGGUAUGGGUUAGAUGGUCCCCCCUUUGGCCCUGGCCCUGAGGGCAAGCCCCCGGAAACCAAGAAGAAGAUUGAGGUUAUCGACCUGACACUUGACAGCUCUUCCGAUGAGGAAGACUUGCCCCCUGCCAAGAAGCACUGUCCAGUCACCUCAGCUGCCAUCCCUGGCCCCUUUGGAGGCAAAGGAGUACUGGCUACCAAUCACCAGCCAUCAUCUGUACUCCGUAGCCCAGGUAUAAGCACCCUGGGCAGUGACUUCCUGUCCAGCCUUCCUCUUCCCGACUAUCCACCAGCAUUUCCACUGGGGACCGAAAUCCAGGGUUUGGACUUAUUUACUUUCUUUCAGAACGAGAGUCAGCACUACAGUCCCUCAGUCAUCACUUCAAUAGAUGAGCAGGAUACUGUUGGCCAUUUCUUCCAGUACCGAGGCACCCCUUCCCACUUCCUGGGUCCGCUGGCUCCUGUGUUGGGGAGCUCUCACAGAGGCUCGCCUCCAGCACCCCCUUCUGGCCGAGUCAGCAGCAUUGUGGCCCCUGGGGGGGCCCUGAGGGAUGGACACGGGGGACCCCUCCCUCCAGGCUCUUCCCUCACUGGCUGUCGGCCAGACAUUAUCUCCCUGGACUGAAACUCUAGGGUUCCGGACCUCCUCACCCACCUUCACCACUGAGUGAGGACAGCAGAGGAGCCCUGCCCCUCAGCCCUGUGAACUGAUUCCCUUGGGGGCUCUGGCCAGAGGCUACAAGCAGAAACUCAUGGACCUGUGCUCCUGGCCCCCUCUCUGCUGAGGGAGAGGCUAGCACCCAAAGGGUUAAUAUUUAACCUCUUUAAAAGGACAUUUUGGGUUUAUUUUUGGAAAUGCUCUUCAGAUGGAGUCAUGUAAGCCAAGAAGGGGCAGGGAGAUGUAAGAGUUGUGCCUAAGUUUUGGGCCUGGAUGGUUUUCCAUUCUUUUCUUCCUAUCCCCUACUGCUCCAUGUGUCUCAGAUCUAGAUCUGAAGCAGCUGGAGUGGGAAUGGGGUGAGUGCCGGUGGGUGGAUGGUUGGAUGGGAGAUCUCGACUGGUCCCCCUCAAUACACCCAGUAUUGCUUCUAUGUCCAUUCAUUCCCCUUCCGCAUAUGGGACAGACAGAUGGAGAGACAAAGAUAGGGCCUGAGAUCUCUAUUUUCAGUUGCAGCUUUUUGUACAUAAAUGAGAAAAACCAAAAAACUCCAAAGAUGACCCUUGCUCCUUUCUCAGUCUAACUGAGGAUGAGAUGAGGAGAUCUGCCUCCUCUGUCUCUCUAAGGUUUGGGAUGGGAGAGGAGUCUUGUUGCCUGGUUCUCUAUUUACAUAUGUAUAUAUAUAUAUAUACAUAUAUAUAUAUAUAUAUAUAUAUAUACAUAUAUAUAUAUAUAUAUAUAUAUUUUUUUAAGUUGAUGAUGAUUCCCCAAGGCCUCCCUAUCCUGGGGUCUGAGUUUCCAGUGGGAUCCAUAGUCUUAAGAGUUAUGGUCAUGGAACUCAUUCUGCACCUUUGGGGGGGGAGACAUUCAGUCCCCCCUCCCCCAGAUUCACCCUUCCCUCUUUUAUGACCUUUGUUUUAAUUUAAUUUCAUAUUUCCAAAGUUGUAGCAAUGUUCUCACCGACAAUAAAGGUUGUGAAUCCUAUGUGUGUCCUUA